UGUUAAUUUCUCAAAUCUAUAAAAGGAAUCCAUUGCCCAUAUUGUUCAUUGUGUCAUUUCCAACAACAAGCAUCUAUCUCCCAUACUUUAGAGCAAUUAUUCUUUGUUAUCUUCAUUGCUCUUUCUUUCUAGUCUUAAUUUCUCAUCCAUAACUUUUUUUUUCUUACUUAAGUUUAUUUCUUCUUAUACACAAAAAUAUGCCUGUCUAUGAUAACACUUCAUUAGUCUCCGGUGCCGACCAAACUGUGUGUGUCACCGGUGCCGGUGGGUUCAUAGCUUCUUGGCUUGUUAAACUUCUUUUGGAGAAAGGUUACACCGUUAGAGGAACCCUCCGAAACCCAGAGGAUCCAAAGAAUGGUCACUUGAAAGAGUUGGAAGGAGCAAAAGAGAGAUUAACUUUGCAUAAGGUUGAUCUUCUUGAUCUUAAAUCUAUCCAAUCUGUUAUUCAUGGCUGCCAUGGUGUAUUCCACACAGCCUCCCCUGUUACUGACAACCCUGAAGAAAUGUUGGAGCCAGCAAUAAAUGGAACUAAGAAUGUGAUUAUAGCGUCCGCAGAAGCUAAAGUGAGACGUGUGGUGUUCACUUCAUCAAUUGGAACCGUCUAUAUGAACCCAAAUACAAGUAGAGAUGUUGUGGUUGAUGAGUCGUACUGGAGUGAUUUAGAACAUUGCAAGAACACAAAGAAUUGGUAUUGUUAUGGGAAGACAGUGGCAGAACAAUCAGCAUGGGAUAUAGCAAAAGAAAACCAAGUGGAUUUGGUUGUAGUGAACCCGGUUUUGGUUCUUGGGCCAUUACUACAAUCAACAGUUAAUGCAAGUACAAUUCACAUCCUCAAAUAUCUUACUGGUUCAGCCAAGACUUAUGUGAAUGCAACACAAUCUUAUGUUAGUGUUAAGGAUGUUGCAUUAGCACAUGUUCUUGUUUAUGAGACUAAUUCUGCUUCUGGUAGAUACAUAUGUUCUGAUGCUUCCUUGCACCGUGGUGAAGUUGUUGAAAUUUUGGCCAAGUAUUUUCCUGAGUAUCCACUUCCUACCAAGUGUUCAGAUGAAAAGAAUCCAAGGGUGAAACCAUUCAUAUUCUCAAAUCAAAAGCUGAAAAACUUAGGAUUGGAAUUGACUCCUGUGAAGCAAUGUCUAUAUGAGACAGUUAGAAGUCUACAAGAGAAAGGACACCUUCCUAUUCCCCAAAUGAAAGAAGACUUUGUUUAAUUAGUAGAACAAAAGGCAAUAAUGUUUCUUCUAGGGAAUUUUUUUAAUUAAGCUUUUUGUUCCUUUUAUAUCAUAUUUUCAGUUUGAGUUUCAUCAUAGUAUUCUUAGGUGCCUAAAUUUGUAAUAUUAAUAAAAUCAAAGCCGCAAAAUUAAUAAUAGAUUUUUUUGUUUUUA